GUUGGCCGGCGGAACUGAAACUGCUUACGACAAGGGAGAAUGGAAAGGCUUUCUACUGCACCAAGCGUCUGGAGGAGUCGCCUUCGGGUAGGUGGCUACUGGAAGCAGCGCUAUCCGUGGAGAAGGCCUACAGCCGCAUGUCUCUGCUGCUGUGCCCAACUACCACAAAGUGGUGGAAGCCAGAUAUCGACAUUGAAGCGCCGCCGAAGGAAACUUUUGUGAACCAGCUGGGUGUGGACGCAAAAGAUGGCCAAGCCGAGCUGGGCAUAGAAGCUGCGCAAGAGCUCGGAGUCUGCGCAUUGGAUGGCCAUGAAAUGCGAUGGCGAAAUCAACGGUACGUCUAUGCCAUCACACAGUUUCGAGGCAUGCUCUACUUGCCGGCAUCUGACGAGACGGUCUUAGCCCCUCGGUCAGAUCAAAGCAUGUUCGGCCAUUGGUGCUCGCCGCAAGCCGUAAGUUACGUCCAACGGCUUCUGCGCUGCGAGGUGAAGGGCAACCUUUGCAUCGACCCACUUCUGGGCAAGAAAAUGCGGCUACCCUUCGCAUCCAUCAAAGCUCGGAAACAGGGAAAGCGCGACGAUCUUGGGUAUGGUAUCGAUGUCGUGCGCACCACGACCAGGCCCAUGAAGACACCAGGUGCCUGGCCAGUCGGGUUGUCGUACUUCGUGCUGGCAAUGCUGCAGCUUCGUGUGGCAUGCGUAGAAGACGAGCAACAGCGACGUGAUGUCGAAAAGAAGCUGGAGGAGUCUGGUCAAGAAAUGCUGGAAGAGACUCGCGAUUUUGUCAAGACUUCCUUGGUGAGCAGAUGCUGGCAGCUGGACGGACCCGAACGUCAUCCAAAUGAUCUUGUGUUGGUGAAAGGCUGUGCAGCUGCUCCACCGCCACGUCUGUCUACCGGGAGUGUCCGAAUGGGACCAUGCGAAGACGAGGCGCCGUGCGGUAUUCCUCUUGAAAGGGUCUCUGCGGUCAGCUGUUCCUAUGGAAGCCGGCAUACCUUGCAGCCGUAG